CUACUCUCUCUCUUACUAUUCAGCCGUGUGUUUCUCUCUUUUCCUUUCACCUCGAAAUCUCUAAUCUUCCUCAAUCCCCUUCAAUGGAUGAUAAAUUGCCGGAAGAUCGAUCCACUCCUUUCAGUGGAUCAAUUCAUUCCCAUCCAGAAUUGAGCAGCCAGGCUACUAGAGGCAAUACAUGUGCAAGUUUUCAAUAUGACGAGAAUCAGAAGAGUCUUUGCUUGGCUUCAAGGCAAAGCACCAUUACUGAAGAAGUUAAUGCAGAUUCCCUCGAAAGGUAUUCGUUUGAACUAGAGGAGAAAAUAAGGGAUAAAGAUGUUUCUGCAGGCCAUUCUUAUGUAGGAGCAAAAGAAGAUGAAGGGAAAGCAAAGGAAAUUAGGCGUGAGGCAAAGUUGGAAGUAUCUACAGACGUGGUAUUGCGUAAUGAAAAGUACUUGAAAGAUUUCAUUUUGUUUUGCUCAAUAUUUCCAUCUGAUUAUGAAUUCACUAAGGAUAUGUUAGUUUGGCAAUGGAUAGCUGAAGGUUUGAUAAAUUUGGGAGAAGAUGAAAUAAUGGAAGGAGAAUCUAUCCGGUGCUUUGACACUUUGUUGAAGUUGGGUUACAUUAUGCCAGCUGGAUAUAAUCAUCGCAUUGACCAAAUGAAGUAUAGAGUUGGUGAAGAAAAGGUGAAUGCUUUCAUUCAAAAGCAACAGUACUUAGAACCUAAGUUUCAGAAAUAUUUGGACACUGAAGAGAUCACUGAUUCGCUCAAAGUUGACCGCUUGUCUUUGGCCUUUAAGGAAAUUGAUUGCAUUAAUUUUUGGACUAGCAAACAUUGUGGCCAACUGAAGAUGCUGAGUAUUCAUCGCUGUUAUGGGUCUAAAAUGAAAAAUCUUCUACCAUCCGAUCUUUUCUUGAAGUUGCAGGCCUUAAAGAUUUUAAAUUUGAGUCACACAGACAUAAUGGCACUACCAAGUUCUGUUGAAAAUUUGAAGGCAUUGCAAUGUCUUGACAUGUAUGCGACACCAAUUAUGGGUUUGCCUGAGUCCAUGCGUUGCCUUAGCAAUUUGCGGACUUUAAACCUCGAUGGUUGUUUGAGCCUCAGGACAUUGCCCAAAUGCACGAGUAUGUUGAUUAACCUGCGGCAUUUGGUUCUUGAUGUUGUGGGCCAGUUGCAGUCGAUGCCUGCAGGGAUUGGAAAAUUAUCCAAACUACGCACACUAAGGGCAUUUUUGGUCGGAGAGGAUGAAGGUAGUCGCAUAGGAGAGCUGAAGGACAUGAACAAGCUGAAAGGAUCACUUCUUAUAUCAAAUCUUGAGAAUGUUUCAACCAAGGAAGAGGCUGCAGAGGCUUACCUUUGUAACAAACAGGACCUUAAAAAGAUCGAAUUGCAGUGGAGUGAUCUUCAAGAUAACAAGAACCCAGAUGAAGAGGAAAUCUUGGAGUCUCUUCAACCCCCUCUCGGAAUCGAGGAGUUGAAAAUAUUCUUCUACAGUGGUGGAGUGCUUCCUUCUUGGAUAUCUAAUCCAUCAUUCACUGAGGUGGUUAGUAUAACCCUUUACAAGUGCAGAUAUUGCGAUACCCUACCGCCGCUUGGGGAAUUGCCAGCUCUGAAAUUCCUCUCUAUCCUUGAAAUGAAUGAGGUCGUAGAAAUCAACAGUCUCUUCUGUCGCAGGAAUCAAAUUACUAAUCAGCAUCGUCAUGUCGCAUUUCCUAAGCUCGAAAAACUAUCAUUUGAUUCGAUGGCCAAACUAGAAAAAUGGACAGGGGUCGUGAAUGGGGACUUCCCUUAUCUCCGUCACCUCAUUAUAGCACAUUGUGGAGAACUGGUUGUUCUUCCGUUUCUUUCACAUCUGAACUCCCUUUUGCAUGUGGAAAUAAUUAACUGCCCACAACUCUCAUGUUUGCCUGAAGGUGGAUUGCCUCCCACACUUGAACUUUUGAUGAUUAAAGAUUGUCCAAAGCUAAAAGAGAGGUGUUGUAACGACCAAUGCGACGAUUGGCCUAAGGUUGCUCGUAUUCCUGCAUUUUAUAUCAACAAUCAGAAGGUUUCUGUGUAAGUUUGCAGAGAUUCAGCAGAGAUUAGCGAGAUGAUUGCGUAGGUGCAGUUGCAGAGAUUCAGCAGAGAUGAAGAAUCUUAGUGCAACCUCCACUCCUAUGCUACAGAGUAAUUUCUCUGCCCAACAUAAACGAAAGAUAUGAAUUUUCCGGUGGUUCGUCGGAGCAAAAAUAGUGAAGGAAUUACGGUAAUUAGUAUAUAAUAAAUCCUCCGCAGUUCCCUCCUCAUCACUGUAAAUAUUCUUGGGAAAAUGGAGUUGCGGCUCAACAGAUUCUUGACUGAUUGUUGACGUUGUAAUUUCUAUAUUUGGUUAUCCCACAGAUUUUCAGGCUACAAUUUUUUGCGUCCCAAACCAUAUUGGAUUCUGG